AUGAGGAGGAGGCAGAAACUAACUCGACCUGUUUUCUUCCAGGAGGAGGAGGAGGAGGAGGUGUUGGUUGAGGAAGAGGAAGAAGAAGAGGAAGAAGAAGAAGAGGAGGAGAGAGUGGAAAUAGAUGAGGUGGAAAUCGUCAACGUGAUGCACUCGGCGCCGCCGGUGAUAAAGACCUGCAGGAGGGAGGUGAGGACGGAGGUGAGGGAAAUGCCCACGGAGACGAAGAUGGACACGCGUUACUUCGGAGAGCUGCUGGCCGAGGUCUACAGGAAGAACUGCGACAUCCACUCCUGCAUCUCCGAGCACGUGUCCAAGAUCCGCGGACAGAAACACCACCUGGAUCCCAGCAAUAACUACAAGGUGGAAAAAGAGGAGGUGGAGGCUCUGCUUCCCAAAGGAGCUUCUGAACUGACCAGACAACAAAUCCGCUACCUGCUGCAGACUCGUCUCACUGCAGAUAAGAGCAUGCGUCUGCUGCUCUCCACCUUCAGCAGUCUGAGAGAGGAGCUGCUCCACAUGAGAGAGGACAUGAUGGUAAGAAGUGAAGCAUUUCAUUCAGGUGAUGAAACUCCUCCCUUAGUUCAGAUCUCCAUGGAGACA